UGAAAAACAUGGCAGGUACCGUGGUGAACGACUCCCCCAACAGUAGCACUGGUUGCUUCGAUUCUGCUCGUAAUUAUCUGGACCGCUUUGAAUACAGGAUCGAUUAUGGCAGCUAUCAUAUCGCAGUGCUGAAGAUGGGGAUAAGUCUAUUGGAAACCUUUGAUCUGUAUAUUAGAAAGUGUAGGAGGAGGAGGAGCAAACGGGGUACGUGUUUGGAAAAAGACGAGGACAAGGAUGAUGCUAAGUCUGACAGACUUAGUAGUAUUUCUUUCCGGAUUCAAGAUCUGGUUUGGGGGAUACGGCGCAGACUUGACUGUGGUGCGUCAGAUCAUAGAGGCAUCAAAUGUGAGCUCAACAAAAUCGGUGAAAAUAUCAACUUGUUUUUUGAAACAGAUAUCAAGGAAUUGGACAUCAUCCGUUUGUUGCUUUACUACUCACUGGAAGACUUGCAACUAGUUAUGGAUUUCACCGAUUCCAUAUCAGUUAAUCUAAAGCGUCUUUCCUCAUACUGCAAAUUUCAUGCAUAUGAAGCUCUAAGGACUGUACUGGAAACCCUUCAAGAGAAGCUAAUGUUCUUGAAGAGUUUCGCUCGCUUUGCAACACUACAAGGUGUUGAGGGUCAGCCAUUGAUAGAUCUGUUGGGUCACGUUGAGGUUGUGGUGGUCAAUGCUGUUAGCUUGGCUUUUACAUUUUGGUUUCAAAGGCGCAAUGAGAAAGUGCGCGAUGAAAUGAAAUUUGAAAUUUCUCAACUAAUACACAAGAUGAUUGAUCCCGUUGAUCCCCAAGUCCGAGAGAUUUAUACCCAUGUCCUGGAAGCUUCCAAGUUAUCAAAAUCAUCCUACACUUUAGCUGUGAAGGAGAAUAGGCAUCUAUUGGUUGAGUUUAUUGAUUAUCUCCUGCAAAGUAUCAUGGGGAUCAUAACAGAAUGUUAUACCAGUUUCGUGGAUGCGGUGAACGAUCAAAUGCUAAAGCUCCUUGAGGGAGUAAGAUUCCUGAGUGUCCUUCUUAGCCUGGAGCAGGAGAAGUUCGAUGAGCUAAAUGAUGCAAUGAAUGAUCUUAUUGGAGUUGCAGUCUCUGAUGCAGGUAUUGUGACUUUCUCCCUUUCUACAAAUGAAAUGAAAGAAGGCUUGUGCAAGGACACAGAUCUGGCUCUUUCUAACUUGCUCCAAGAGCUCCAGUUCAUCAUUGCAGAAGCUGCACAUGUUUAUCCACUAACAUCAUCAUCAUCACUCAGUUUCCCAAGGACUAAAGAACUGGGUUCUCUUGAUUUUCUUCUAGGAACUCUCGAGGAACUAGUGAGUUCGACAGCUGAUUCAAUUGCUUUUCCAAACGAUCAAAUCCGCACAAUCCUAGAAGAUCUUGUAUUCUUAAGAUUUGUCCUAGGGAAUAUUGUGGAGCAAUGCAAUAGGGAUGAAAAACUCCAAGCUCUUUGGAGUCGUAUCAUGAAGGUUGCAUACAGUGCAGAAUUAAAAUUUGACUCUGCACUGCUUGGUGAUAAAUGUGAACCAUGUUUGGAUGCUGUUGCCAGAGAUGUACAUCUCAUGAAGAUUGAGGCUGAAGAGGUCUAUGGUUGCAUUAGAUAUGAUGGUGAAACUCAAAGAGUUACCAAGACGACUAUUAACAUGCCAUCACAAGUUACAGCUCCAAUAUCCACUGAAGCUCUGGUGGGUCUCAAUGAUGAGGUAGAAAGUAUAAUUGAUAGACUUGUGAGAGGAUCAAGGCAGCUAGAUAUCAUUGCCAUUGUGGGUAUGCCUGGACUUGGUAAGACAACAUUAGCCAAUACAAUUUAUAGUGAUCCUACAGUAGAGUGCCACUUCCACAUUCGUGCAUGGUGUUGCUUUUCUCAAGCGUAUACCAAGCAUAGUUUGUUAGUUCAGAUUUUGUGUAGUAUUGAUUGUGAGAGCCAUAUCCAGUAUCUUGACAAUAAUGAAGAUGAUAUGGCUGACAAGCUACGCAAAUUGUUGAAGAGAAAUAGGUAUCUCAUCGUUUUGGAUGAUGUUUGGGACAUUGUGGGGUGGGAUUCGUUGAAACACUCACUGCCAGAUGAUUGCAAUGGAAGUAGGAUUCUCUUAACCAGCAGAUUUCAAAAAUUGUCUUUGCUAAUUAAACCUGAUAGCGAGCCACACCAUCUUCGCCCACUUACAGAUAAUGAGAGUUGUGAAUUGCUGCAAAAAAAGUUAUUUGCCAAAAAAGAUUGUCCUCCAACAUUGAGUAAAGUUGUACUGAACAUAGCAAAAUACUGUAAGGGCCUACCUCUCGCAGUUGUCCUUGUUGCUGGAAUUCUUGCUAUUACUAAGCAAGAUUGCUGGAAAGAAGUUGUAAGACAUCUAAUUUCCAGCAUUUAUGUUGACAAUGAACAUUGCAUGAAGACAAUUGAGCAGAGUUAUAAUUAUUUACCAGAUUAUCUAAAGCCAUGCCUUCUUUACUUUGGUGCAUUUCAAGAAGACCGAGACAUUCCUGUUCGCAAGUUGUUAUGUCUUUGGAUCUCUGAAGGAUUUGUCCAAAAGACUGAAGGAAAGAGCUUAGAGGAUGUGGCAGACGACUAUUUGAUGGAUCUAAUUGGGAGAAGUUUAGUUAUGGCUGCCCAACAAAGAUCUUUAGGUGGGAUCAAAACUUGCAGAAUUCAUGAUUUGGUACAUGAGUUUUGUGUUAAGAAAGCAAAAGAAGAACGUUUUCUACAGAUUUUACACGGGGAUAACCUUCUUACUUUCACUGGCCCGUGUGACCCCCACCGACUGGUUGUCUACCCUAGCACAAGGCGGGGACCUAAAAACUCAAGGCUAUUUUUUCCCAAUUUGUGCAGUUUGCUCUUCUCUGAUUGUACUUAUACAGAGCUAGAUAUAAUUUCACGCAAAGUUCUGUCAUCUAAACUUCUUAGAGUGUUGGACUGCAGGAAUGAUCCUUGGUCGAGGGCAGAUUUUCCAAGCGAAGUAGUAUUCCUUGUUCACUUGAGGUACUUGAACAUUACGUCUGAUAGAGGGGAAAUCCCAUCUGCAAUAGCCAACCUCUCAAGGUUAGAAACUUUUGUGGUAGGAGGACCCCUUACAAGUUAUUUCUUACCUAACACUAUCUGGAACAUUAAAACUUUGAGGCAUCUUGUCGUAUCAGCAUCACUAGGUGGUUUCAUAUUUCCCAUCAACAGUCUUGAAGGUUCCCCGGAUUUAGAACAUUUAGACACUUUAACCCUUUCAAUCUGGAACCCUUCUCGAGACUUGCAAAAGAUACUGACAAAGUUACCAAGCAUCCGCAGGCUAAGAUGUGUGGGAGACAGUAAUGGAGCAUCUGCUGGAAUUCUCGUGCUGGACUACUUGAGUCGACUAGAAUCACUUAAGAUGAGGUUUCUUAUUGGAUAUGAGUUUGAGUUCCCAUUGAAUUUGAGAAAGUUGACUCUCAUAGAUAAUAAUCAGCCAUGGAGUAUAAUUUCAGCAAUUGGAAAGUUGCACAACCUUGUAGUACUUAAAUUAUGCCGUGUUUCCUUUCUGGGGAAAAAAUGGGAAAUGGAAGAAGGGGAAUUCAGUAACCUUCGAUUCUUGAAAUUGUCAGGGUUGAAUAUUCGCUGCUGGACAGCCUCUUCUGAUAAUUUUUCCUGUCUUGAGAAAUUGGUUUUGCAUCAGUGUUAUGAUCUGGAAGAGGUCCCUUCUUGUUUAGGGGAAACCCUCACUCUUGGCAUGAUUGAGGUGAAAUUGUGUCAUGAGUCAACUGUAAAUUCUGUGAAGCAAAUUCAGCAAGAACAGAUAGACUUGGGAAAUAAGGGCUUAAAGAUCAUAAUUAAACAAGAAAUUGGUUAGAUCUACUCAGAAAGGGAGUCGAAGCAGAGAAGAAUUCCAGUCAUGAGAUCGGUAUGAUCCUUGAAACCAGCUGCACACAAGCAUAAAUGCCAGGUACACAUUUUUAUUUGUUCUGUACAUUUGAGCUCAAAUAAUGCUGACCAAGUCUCUUUUCUUGAAGCAAAUAGCUGAAUGACCUGAGACUUUCUUUAUCCUUUGUUUUUAAUUUUGAAAUGCAAAGAAUGCGCUCUUGCGGCCUUGUUGUGUAGAAUAUGUGCAUAUGGGUUAAUGACAGCUUGGCAAGCAUAGGAAUGUUUUUUCCAGUUUUUUUCUUUUUCUAUUUUCUACCGUCUAGAUAUACGAGUUUGUUCCUGCUUAUGCCUACUUUUACCAAAGCUUCUGUUUUGCUAUGUUCUUGUGGUACCUUCUAGAGUAUGUAAACUAAUUGUGCUUUAGACCUGGCCAUCAGCCAUCUUCUUCUGAUACCUUGAUACGUAUAAAGAAGCCAAAAUCAGAGGGAAAAAAAUUUGAGAUGUUGAAGUUAGAAUAUAUUCUUUAUAUCAUCAAAAUAAACCCCGGUAGAUGGUUCUAAUAAGUACUAUUUUCUGUGUAUUUAAUCUUUAAUAAUAAUUUGCUUGAAGAGAUUUUUCAUGGAUUGUUGUUUUCGACUGAUUAAGUGAAAAGAUGCUGAAAGUUCUGGGGACAGAGGAAAUGAGGAAAGGAACUUGAACUUGAUGAAAGGAUUUAUUACCAGAUGGAAAGGAUGUAUUACCGGAAAAUUUUUAGUAUUUAGAGUGUUAAUAUGUUCUUCAUCCGACUUAGCAUGCAUUCUGACUUCUCAGUUACAAUUAGUUGGUAAAGUUGCAUCUUGAACAAAUUAGUCUGAUUUAGAAUCAAUAUCUUUGGCUUGUGCAGUUUCAAUGAGCGUGUGUCUAGGAGAGAGAGAGAGAGAGAGAGACAGAGAGAAUAUCCUAACUUCUGGCUCGUAGAUCAACUACAAGCUAGUGGAAAGGGGAAACGAGCAAAAAGCAGGAGUACCAAUUGGAUGAAUAUCCUGAAGAAAUGUCCGAUUAAUAUAUAUUUGUUGCAAUGGGAUAGGUGAAUUCAGGAAAUAGAGAACAGGCUCUAGCUCUCUGCAAAUGGCUAUGGAAAUUGAUGGUGUAGACAAUGGAAUUUUAAUUAAUUCUUAAAAUUACCAUUGGUCUAUAAAUUAUUUUUGUGGCUUAUUUCUAUCCAAUCGGGUAUUGCCACAUGUCAUGUACACUUGGAAAAUUUGGUUAUUAAAUGGCCAAUUAUAUUUUUCCACGUGUCAAGGUGAGGUGUUCCAAAUUUAUUCAAAUUGUAGGGAUAUCUCCACCAACCAAAUCAUAUCAUAUCAUAUGUCUACUGGAUAGACAUUUAAAUAUUUAUUUCUUAUUAAAGAGAUAAUAUUUAGAGUCGUUUGAUCCAUAUAUAUCUCUUAUAUACUGCAAUGGUCUGUCCAAUCAGACGGCGCCACGUCACUUGUCCCCACAGGCUUGGCCAAUCGGGAAAUUAUCUAUCUCUUUAUUGAUAAAUAUAAAAUAAAGAGAUAAUAUUUAACUGGCACAGUCCUAAUAUGACUGCACGUCUUGCAAGUAAAGUGGUACACAGGUCUUCAACCUCUACCCCUUGCUACAGCUAUAAAUAGAGGUCUCUCAAUCAAAUCAAAGACACACAGACAUACAGAGAUACACACCAGAAGGCAUCUCAUACACUCAAGUGGUGAAGUUCCAAGCUACGAAGAUUUGGGUUUUCAAACUCUUCAGGUCUUCCAUAUAGCAAGGCUUGAGCUUCCAAAUAUUUUCAAGUUCUUCAAAUCUUCCAUAUCAAGAUUUGAAAGAAUCGGUGGUUGAUCCAAGAACAAGCUGCGAAGCCCUUGGAUUGGUGUUCGAGGAGAAGAAUCGAAAGAAACUCUCCAUAAGUUCGAGAAACUUCCAGAGAUUGUACCCCCAUAUUUUUCUAAAUUUAUAUAUCACAUAUUUGUCGUGUA